AGAUUCAGGGAAACAGCAACAUGAUCGAGACCCAUGACCACUACGAUCAAUCUGAAUUUUUUACAGUCCGUGCAUUUUGUCCUAGAGCCUCUGGUUGAGUCUUGACGGUAAUUCAUUGCACUGAACGAUUUGACCAAGCGUGAUUGAAUAACGUCCAACCAAGUAACUGUCGAAAAAACAGCGAGUAUUUUAAAAGACGUAAAAACAUUCCCGAAUUGAUUCACUGGUAGUACCGAAAACAUCAACUACAACACGGAUAAGAAAGCGAAUUUCUUGAGUCCUCUACAACUUCUCGAGAAUAGUGUAUUAAUUCCCAACUAUUAGAGAAUCAUUGUUUCCAGUUAUCCUAAGCAUAACUCUGAAGAUUCAGAGACCGAGUCGACUAGCAUCACAAUAAGAAAGAUAAUCAUGAUACCUCCUAAGAAGUAAGAACCGUAAGCACGAAAACGGCAACGAAAACACAGCAACCAACUCGAAGCUGCUCGAAAGUUCCCGUUUUAGCAGACACCCGUUUAGCAGAAUCGGACGAAGGAGUACUUAAAUCGUCACUGAUAGACUCAGUCCCUGCCACAGCGAGGGCGAAGUAGUAUGUGCCACAGACGUCAGUCAGAAACAUUUAUUUGUGGAGUGAAACUUGGUAGUUACCAUUUCGCAAUAGAAAUAAGAAGUAGGUUGAGCUUGAGACUCAAAUCAUCACUAUAGAUACUAAAUAGUAGAUUGAGACUCAAAUUAUCACUACAUCUGUCCACCACGACCAGGUACCGCGUCAGCGAUGACUUGUCUCUCCACAGCGAUGAAGUUUUACCUGUGGGGCUUCUGCCCCUUUCCGGUUCAUUUUGCAGGUGCAAUAAAGAUGCGUGAAAUGCGUCGGGCCGUUGGUUGGACGCGGGACGUGAACCGGGACCAACUUAAUUCUGGCAUGGAUCGGCCUUUGGUAGAUGAGACUGAGAGUGCCGAUCCAUAUAUACUGAGUGAGCUACAACGGAAUUUUGGCUUGGAACCUGAGGAAAUUCUCAGAGUUCAGCGUUCAGAAGCUUCAUCCGAGGUAAAAAGUCUGCCAGCUGAUCAGGUUUGUGCCGAAAUCAAGGAAGCGGAGGAAGAUCCUCAAACUUAAGGCUUUUUUUGAUGCUCGUUGUCCUCUUGGGUGUAAGGGAGCCUUCUCACCUCAAUCUACUUAUUUAAUAGCAAAUAAGUUGUAGAUACCUGUUUGUUGAAAGGGCGCCUCACACCUGACAGAUAAUCCAGAAGCAAAGGCGAAAUGGCAUGACGUGACACCUACAGAUAGUUUUGAAUCGGGCAAGUUAGGUACUAUUAAUUUACUACCCGCGAAGUACUAUGAUUAUUAAGAAGAAGAAGAGGAAGACGAUAGAUAGUUCGUUGUGAUGACGAUUAUAACAUUUAUCAUUAUAUAUAACAAGUACUAGUAGUUUUACUGAAAAAGAACAAACGCAGCACCAGGGUGAUUCUGCCAUGAUAUGUUUUAGGUUCUGCUUCUAAGACCGCCCCGACAAGUUGAAAAAUAGGGUUUCGCGGCACAUGGACCAGCUCUUUCAGAACUUUUACCCUGGCGUGAAUUUGCAGGACAUUAUUCGCCAAGGAGGCGCAAGCAGCGGACUCUUAGAGAAGCAUUUGGCAAGGGAUGUGGCUCUCUCCAUGCAGGUUGCUCUGGCGCGCGGCUUAUGCGCGGCUUCGCGAGCUAAAGGGCACACUGCGACGAUUUCGGAUGCCUUCGGCAACAUGUUGGCAGAGACACAGAAGAAGCUACAACGUUUUAACGACCAUGCUCAUGCUCGGCAAAAGACGGCUGUUGUUGUUCGGGGACCACUGGACGAGAAUUUUAUUGUCGAUUUGCUGUGGGUCGUCUCGUGGCUGUGGCGCCUGGCGCUGACGUCGGACUACGUAUGGGGUGGGUACGCCACUCAAGCAACGCGGAAAUGGUUUGGUUUGAAGAAGACAAAAACCGAAGACCUCCGCGUUGCAGUUUUUCCCGAAGGUUCACUCGAGAGUAAGGACUCCACCAGAAUACCGAGAAGUGCAGAACAGACUCUGCAUGUUAAGUUGAAGAAUGCUGAAAGAACGGCCCGACAGGCGAUUGCAGAUGAGCCCCUACCCGACCAGGACGCGACUAUUGCAUCUGGUUCUGGUUCUGUCUUGGAUGUUGCAGCUGGUUCUGCGUCUGCUGGUGGUACAGGCUCAUCACACCCUGUGGCAGGAUCCGGUUCCCUGGUGGGAAUUUCGCACACUUUGAAGGUACUUAGUUUGUCUUCGCAAGGAGUAUUUAGUCGAAAAUUAGAAAUGUAUGAUGAUACCAACUUGAUCAUUAAUGAUUGAUGAACAAAAAGUUAGUAAUCGUUCGUGCCUCAAUAGGAGAGGUUAUAGUUCUUGUAUCACAGGCUAGCGCAGGGAUGACGACAUCCCUGCGCUGCUGUUAAGUUUAUUAAGUGCGAUCGGCUUGUCUCGUAUAAGAUGAAGGAGUCGAGUAAGAUGAUGAGAGCGGAGAACUAUUAGACCGAGGGGGUAGGCUAGAGAGUAGAGGAAAGAGGUAGAACGGAAAAACCGACUAUGCUACAUAGCUUAGCAGAGCACUGAGGAGAGAACUGUGGAAAAAGUGCGACGCUGCCGAUAGCUGAGCCCGAUAGUUCGAGAAAAAUGCGCGCCAUUUUUACACACUGAGCCCCUUUGCCUUUCACUGCAGCCAAGUGGAAGGCGAUAGAGAUUGGCAGACGUCUGCGCCGCACCAUGUGACAAAACGACAACGGAGCGCCGAUAGGAAAAACCACAGCGGUGCGCGCUUUUUUCUAGCUGCUUAACGCUUUCGGGAUAGUUUCUAGCUGUUAAAGAAGACGCCCGAGGAUGAUUAUGAAACUGACGCGAGAGAGAGCCGCCCUCAGUUCUUUUUUAGCAAGUGCGCGUCGAUUUUGCGGUUAUUGUCUGACAUGUCUGACCCACGCCGCAGCUGUUUAGCGAGAAUAUACCACACGACGUUCAAAGCAAGUUACUUCUUAGCAAAAGCGAGCGCAUCGCAUCGCUUGACUGACAUGGGCCAACUCACUACGGUGCACACUGCACCGCUGAACAUUAAGGAAAUCGAGCGCAUGGCGAGCAGUCACACUCGCCGUUUUGCUAUGCUUUACGGUGGUCGCCAUUAUCGACGAAACUACUGGUGUGGUCUGAAGAUAUUGCAAACAUCACAAAAAGAACCGCAACCACUUGACUCAGCGCCAUCGUCCGAGUUCGGGCCUGUGCCUUCUUCAGAAUGUGGAUCAGAAGCGGCAGAAUUCUUAGACCGGGAAGGCCGAAGAUAUUGCAGAGCUUUGCGCGCAAAAUACUUGAAACCUGCCCGGGAGAGGUUGCUAGGCCUGAAGUUAGUACCGACUUCCUGGGGAACCUCGUCGAUUCUUUCUAAGGCUCGCCUUGACUCUUAAAGGUUUUUAGUAUCUUACUCGCUGCUUUUUCAGCUUCUCGCUCUCCAGCCCAAUACCCACCAGCGGCGCGGCUUGGUAAGGUGUUAAAACCCAGCCGGCGAUCUUGGAUGACGUUGCAGAGCGUUCGAGGCGCCCGCCUUUGAAAACUGGCGCGACAGGUAGGGCGCCGCCUCCACGAAGCACCCGCGGCGCCUUGUCCCACGUACUACGAGGGCACAUCUUUUGCGCAAUCUGCUUGGUUUCGAUUGCGCCAUAGAAAGGCCGCAAUCUUAUGAGAGAGGCCCGACAUGCUUCGCACGCACUAUCAUGCGCCGACUUUUUGUUUGUGCAGGUUGUUGGUGCGCGGGCUUUUAACUCUUUGCAGCGGAGCGGGGUUUUUUCUAUGAUUUUGCUAGUUCUGUCGUGCUUGGCAUUGUUCGCCAGGCGCUUUAGAUGUUUCUGGGGAAGCGGCGUGAAGUAUUUCCCUCAUAUUGUGACAGUGCGCUGCCGUGCCCAUUUCAAACACCGCGAGACGAGUGCCCUUCUUUCGUCAGCUGUUGGAGUAGACGCCACAGCAGUUGCAAACUCCUGCGCCCCCAAGUCAGUCAAAAACGCAUCAGCCUGGUAAGCCCCGAACAAGCGCGCCAGCUGUGUAACGGCAUUCCACGGCCGCGCUUUGCUCUUGCUGAAGAGCUUGGCUGCUGCUGUAGCUGCAUCUCCAAACUUCUCCGACUUUAGUGCUUGCCUUGCUUUAGUGGAAAGACCGCCGGGAUCGAAAUAGUGAAAGACUUGCGAGCCUGCUCCCGUUCAUUCCGGGCGCUGAACGCUCGCGGAAACUGUUCGGCGUGCACAGUAAGAACUUCUGGCGCCAGCGGGUAUUUCUCCUGCCAUAUCUCGCAGACUGUGAAGAAAACCAGAGGCCAACUAUGUCGGUGCAAUUGGAACUGUGUCGAUUUCGCACGCAGUUUGCAUUUCUAGCCGUUGCGUUUAGUGCCUCGCCUUGCUGGGUUCAUUGACUGGCGAGGAAUUAAUGAGCUUGAAUGUAUGGGAAGAAGUUGCUAACAAAGUUGCUCUCUCACAUAAUGGCGAGAAGUAGCCGCACGAAGUCGACGGCUUAGCCAGUUGCGCCACGGUUCCACAUUCACACUCUUCCCGGUUUGGCAAUGCUCUGCGAAGACAGCAAACGAAGCGCCCAAAUGCGUGAGGGUGGCGCCUUUGUUGAUUAUUCUAUAACUCAUAGGCGACACGUUUCUGGUUGUUGGCUGUGAGCAUGAGAGCAAAGCUGGCUAGAGGCUCACUAAGUUACUGGGCCAAGGAGUGCGCAGACUUAGAGGCAAAGCGAGGCUACCUCACAGAAUGGCUGACGACUGUGAAAAAAGAGCAGCGGGAGACGAUGCGCCGCGCUUCAUUUUAGCGAAGUUGGAGGACACUGAUAAGAGAAGGAGGGGGCCAAGCUCUUUGGCAAGUUAUUAAGUCAAGCGGCGGCGUCGGUGAGUGGAUGGAACUUGGCUAAUGAAUGACAUGCAUCCAAAAAAAAGGAGCGACGUCAGUGCUGCUGCAUUUUAUGGAAGCCGGGCGCUCUUCUGGUUAUGAUCUCGGUGGGCCACAGUUGAAGACUCAGAAUACAACGUGAAUAGAUAUCGAGCGAAAACUACACUCACCCACGCUCAGACUUUUAAAAAGUUAUAGUCUAACUUUUUCAAAGUCUGAGCCUGAGGGCAGUCUCUUGCCCGAUUUUAUGGAAAGAAUAGCGAACGCUAUGCAUGGCACACAUUUCGGCAGUGUAUUGCCUCAAGACAUUCGCAAGAUUCGUGGGGUCUGAGGCUGGCCAAUGGCGUCACACGUCUAGGAAAUUUGCGCCAUCUUCUGGCAAUUAAUUUAAAGAGUGCGCUGAUGCCAUCUCCGAAAGCCGUGCCUAUCAAAAUAAGCGAGCUGUCUGCAAUACAAGAAUAGGCGUCGGCCUUUCUCAGUCGUGAAGCGAGGCGACAAACUCUGCUGCUGCGGCAGUCUUGUGCUGAUCUGCGAAAGUUUUCUUAUCUUUGUUGCGUUCAUGAUCAAAAAAAGCGCUGAGGGGUUUGAUGGCGUAGAGACAAAGACAGCGACGGGCCUCCGAUAAUCUGACUUCGUAGCGACUAGCUCAUCGUCGACUUCCUUUGUCUCUCUUCUUUGUCUUUUACCUUUGUCAAAGCCUCAAAAGUCUCUCCGUCUAGGCCCAUCUUUAGGCCAAGACAUAAAGGAAAAAAAUGCAGUAUACCGUGGCGCAAGAAAGAAAAACGACAAGCGUCGACUUUCGUUCUAGCUUAUACGAGAUACUAUUAGCACUAGCCUAAGGACUUUAAAACUUUUCUUCAAUGAACAACGGACUUUGAAGAGUUCUCCUAGGUAUACCUUAUUGCUCAACAUUAUACAUAGUCUCUUUGAUGCUUCUUAUUCUAUGACUCUCUGCAUGAGAAGCAGUAGCCAGCAUCUAGUAGUACGUGAUAAUGUGUAGAUGGAGAUGGGUACUUCCUGAGGUCGUUCGUAACCCUAUUUGCAAUUGUUAGAUGGAGGUGGGUAAGUAUUUGGAUUUGCCAAAUACUAUGUGCAUUACUUUUUUUCCUGAGGGGUUCCUAACCAAACCAAACCUAACCUCACCUAGCCGCACUCGCUAACGCAAGCUGGCCUAACCUAAAUUAGCCUUGCCCAAACUGGCUCGCCGUAGCGUAGCUUCGCUUUGUUGUGCUAUUGGUAGUGUGAGGGCCAUCGUCGUUGUAUUCUUUGUCGAUCUACGUGACUUCACCGCACGGCUUCGGACGUUAUGGGCGGGUCUAUGACUGCAGUCAUAGGACGGGUCCAGAUCCGCGCGCUUGAUUGAAUGAAUGAAGUCGCCCUUAAGGCAGUCUGCGUCGAACGUUGUGCGAGAUUUAUUGUAUCGCAUUGUAUUGAUCACUUCACUUUUCUAUCGAAGAAGAAGAACAGUAUUGAGAUUUGAUCAAACUACCACGCUCGCAAUCAGGAGUGGUUUCUACGCAAGGAGCUUGUCUUGCCUUUCUUCGAUUUCGACGACACUGUGACUUGCAGCAACGCUCAUCCUUUCUGCACCGGCGUCGCGGGCAGAGACCAGAGCCUCAAGGAUACUGGGCUUCAUGAAGUUUUAUAUCCGAAUCUGGGCCUCCUCGAAAAAUUUUUGCUGGUUCGCAGCGGUCUGUCCACGCACGUGGACAAGAAGGACAAGGCAAACAGCGCCCGGAGGGCGGCCGUGCUCUACUACGUUGGAGAAGCCCAGCUUUCGAGCGAAGACGAGUUUGCCGAGUUGCACUUGUCUCUCGGAUCUGGCACUACUCCUCCUCGUUUUUCUCUUGGAUCGGGCGGGCAAUCAUCGCAGCCAUCUCAGAUCUCAGUUCCGCAUCAUCUGGGGUGGUCGAACCUUUUGACUGCGCGUCCGUCUUCGACUAUCGACCGUACAAAAGCACCUGCGUCGCUAUUCCAGCAGUACCGGAGCUUAUGCUGCUACCCAUGAUGUUGUUGUCUACUCAAAUAAUACAAAAGAGAUAUUUACUUGCACGCUGGUCUCCUUGGGGUUAAACACCGUCUAGUCCAUUCGUCAUCAUUACUGUACUAAAGAGGAACUCAGGUUGCAUCACAAGAGAUAUGAAUAUAUGAUCCAGGGCGCGGGGCGACGGUGCCCGCCCUAGCGUAGGGGGGGGUACCGUGGCGCCCCGGACCCCUUUUUGAGGCGUCUGCCGGGGGUGGAAGGCCUCAAAAGGGGGCCCAGUUACCUCCUCCGCUCCCCUCCAGCGGCCUGGCUGUUCCUUACAGGCCUCCGAUCUAGGUGGGUGGCUUCAAAAGGGGCGCCAGGGACCGCCUGCGCCAAGUUUUGACGCCUUCCACCACUAUAAUUUGCGAAAAUCAGCGCGGAAAUGCGCGCGCGCGCGCCACCACCGACCAGACCACCGGGGGGCGCCGUGCAGCCCUAAAACAUAUAUAGCCCACAUAUUUCUUCAUCAACGUGAUUGAGCGUUCAUCUGGUUCUCUUUGUCGUGUUUGAUUUCGAGGCCUGUUCUUGGUCUUAUCGAAGUGUCACACUGUUACCCCAAGUUAGUACUAGAGCAUACUAACUAUAUUUUUCCUUGAUACUUAGGAAGGGGGGGCUCGCUGUAAGGUAACUAAGCUUCUCAGCUUCAUGAUCAAGAACGUCCUCUAAAUCAGUCUCCCACAACAUUCUUGUUUGGACAAAAGUGUUAUUGAUUCCGCGCCUCCGGAUACACCUUGUGUGAGAACGAGGCAAAGGCAUCCUAUCCUAUCCUCUCCUAUCCUAUCCUAUCCUAUCCUAUCCUAUCCUAUCCUAUCCUAUCCUAUCCUAUCCUAUCCUAUCCUAUCCUAUCCUAUCCUAUCCUAUCCUAUCCUCUACUCUUUGGAUAGAAGUGCUACUCUUUGAUGCAACAGGGAGAAGAAGAUGAUCCUCCCUAUUCGCUAGUAGUGAUAAUGUGGGAUGAGAUUGACAAUUAACAUAGAAUCUAAGAAUGGACCUACUUCCAGGGGCUCAGAAUCACGUGCCGCUCGCAAUCUUGCCGGGAACUCCUUUGCCUCACGGGGCUGCCGCAGUCUUAUGGUCAACAUCAUUUAGUUGUGUACUUCCUUUCUUUCUGAGUGACAAAAGUUCUUUCUGUUUUUUCACCGUCCUCCCCUGCCUUGAUAGUUCUUGAAUGGGGCCGGUGCUCAAGUAUUGACCUCUAGGUGUAAGUGUUUCGCCUAUCUUAAGCACUGUUCUCUCUGCUUCAAAGCUUAUAUCUUCACUAUGGUUACUCAUUUUUCUCUAGUUCAUCCCAUAGUAUCCUCUAGUGAAGAAUGGCAGAGGGGUCGUCGGGAUGAGGGGACCGAGAUGGAUAAAACUAAAAGCUGACUCUAAGAAUCGCGUACGGCCUGCACACUGCCGCGAAAUCGCUCACGGAUCUUCCGGAUGCGAGGGAUCUCGUUUCCCCGCAGGGCAGCGCUUGGAGCCCCUCGGCAUUGCAGGCUGUCGCCACGGUCAAGACGCGCAAGACUAACGGUUUCAGACAGUUUGUGGCAUUGCUGCCGGAGCUGAAGGGCAAAUCCGCGUUCGACCUAGAUAUUCUUAUGGUGGUGAAGAUGUGUUAUAAUAUAAUGAAGUUCGCAAUAAGAAGCUAUUGGAACUUACUUAGUGCAGGUAUUCUUACUGAAGCUCAAAACCAGUUCUGGCGCGCGACAUGUCGGCCGGGUAACCUUGGGGGCCGGACUGAGAGAUUAGCUCUUGGUCUUGGGUCUUGCUCGGCAAAGCCACCCGCAUUUUCUCCUUAACAGUUGGCAGUAGGGACCGUUGGGAAGUUUGCCUUUUAGUUCAACAAGGAUGAUCGACAUUAGUUCGACGCUGAUUCGUGUUCUACACAGUCUGCAUUGAAUUGUCAUUCUACCCGAGUUGAAUUUUAGGUUGUGUGACUUCUUGAUAGUCUUACUGUUACCUCGUAUGGUGCAGCCGCUGUGUAGCCUUGUCCACAUGCACUGUAUCCGAAACCUAACCAAUAAGAAGCUUUAUAAUAGAAGAUGUCUUAUAAGGCUUAAAUUGUACUUGAUAUCAUGUAUGACUCGCUCGACGUCCUAUGAAAGACUACAAGGGUAAGAGAGGUUGAGCUUGUAUCAAAAAGAAGGUGGGGGUUCCAAGCUGAGAGGAAAAAUCGGCGCACGACUCUCUAAUAAUCAUAUUCAAGGAGAUGAGCUCGGGGCGAAAAUGAACCAGCUGGUGGAGGUUCCCGGGCACUUGGUGUUUGUCGGCGACAUGGGUCAAGGCAACCCCUUCGCUGGUAUGGAGAUGCUCAUGGAAGGGCUGGCGAAAUUCGUUGCCAUCAAGCGUGUCUGGCGCACAUGGAAAGGCCGCUUCUACAGUAUGGACCCCGUUGGUUGGACAAGCAGACAGUUCAGCGACUACGCGACACUUUACACGCGAAAUGAGGAGGGCAGCCCGGUGAUUGAGCAGGUGCACCCUGGUCGUGUUCGUGGCAGCACGACAGUAGAUAGCGAUGCUGCUGCAGCGCAGACGGUGAAGAAUCUGCGUCUGGUUCAGGCGCGUUUUUUGAUUUACGACCAUAUCGCGCCGCUGAGUCCGCGGGUACCAGCGGUCUGGAACUUGUAUAAUGACGCCUUUAAGGCUUCGGUUUUGGAAAAGCAGUUUGGCAGCAAGCUGACAGAUGCCUACGCCGCGACGUGGUGGAGACAUCAAAAGACUGGCACCGGCAAGGCCUCCUUUUUCUAUGAACGCGUGUGCACAACGGCGAGUGGGCACCGAUUAUUGUGCCGUGUAAAGGAGCAACAGCCAAAGGGAGACGAGCAUCCUUUACAGGCGCUAGGACAAGCAGUAUUAGUACAUCUUCAGCAAACCUCUACUUCGCCGCCUUUUGUUCGUGUUCCCACGUGCUUGGAGUUGACGAAGUGGGACAACUUGGAACUGCUGAGGACGCCCGAGUCUGACGAAAAGCCGCUACUCCUUCCCACAUUGCUAUCCCAAUUGAUUGCGGGCGGAGCGCUUCCGCGCGCCGCACGCGAAGAGAUGUCUUUCGCUAGCGCUACUCUACAGAAAGAGGACAAGAACAACUGGGUCCAGACCGAUGUCUGCACCUCCGAAAGCGAAGCUGGUAUUUUUGGUCACCUUAAAUAAGUAAUACUAGUAUAAUUAUCUAUAUUAUAAACCAAAACUUACUUUGAAUGCUAAACGGGAGUGAGUUUACGGCUUGAGAUGUACGCAAAUCAUGGCAAAGAUGUACGGGUGAGAUGUAUACGUCUGAGAUAUAUAUCUCGAGAUAUAUAUCUUGUACGUAAAUCACGGGAAAGAUGUACUCUUGAGAUGUACUUACACCGGGGCGAUUCAUAGUAGGUUUCCAAAAUUCCACUUUUUUGAGAUGUACGGAAAUCAUGGGAAAGAUGUACGGGUUAGAUGUAUACAUCUCGCGCCGUAAAAGUGCCGCGCUUUUGAGUACAACUUUCCCGCGAUUCUGCUCCUGCUAAGGCUUUCGGCAGUACCUCAAAACCCUGAACCAACAGCACAAGCCAAGGACCGCGCUGCAUGGUCAAAAAUAAACGAAGAGCGAAGCGCCUCAGCCUGGGGCCAGUCAUCUCAUGAAGAAAAUCCGCUGCGUCUGCGUAUGUGCUACAAAAAGGACCCACAUGCAAACAAAGAAACGCAAACAGAGGCAAGCACCCAGCAGCUACACGCUGAGCAAGUUAGCACCUGCGUGCUUUUUGGAUCAGGCGCCUGGGCCUGAGCUGGCUCAAAGGGUCAGACCUUUCAAGCAGGUCAAAAGUAGCCAGCGACUUCAUAAAGCUGCGCGCUUUGGAUAAGGGUUUCGAGCUGACUCAAAGGAUGGGGCCGCUCAAGCACUUCAAAAGUAGGCAGCAACUUCAUAAAGCUGCGCCUUUUGGAUAAGAAGCCUGAGCUGGCUCAAACUAAAAGGCUGGGACCUUUUAAGCACCUCGAAAGUGGACAGCAAUCCCAUAAGUUUGCGCUUUUAGGAUAAGGAGUCUGAGCGGGCUCAAAGGGUGGGACCUUUCAAGCAGAUCAAAAGUAGACAGCAACCUCAUAAAGUUGUGCUUUUUGGAUAAGAGGUCUGAGCUGGCUCAAAGGGUGAGACCUUUCAAGCAGGUCAAAAGUAGACAGCAAUCUCAUAGAGUUGUGCUUUUUGGAUAAGGAGUCUGAGCGGCGUCAAAGGGUGGGACCUUUCAAGCAGAUCAAAAGUAGACAGCAAUCUCAUAAAGUUGCGCUUUUUGGAUAAGGGGUCUGAGCUGACUCAAAGGGUGAGACCUUUCAAGCAGGUCAAAAGUAGACAGCAAUCUCGUAGAGGUGUGCUUUUUGGAUAAGGAGUCUGAGCGACGUCAAGGUCAAAGGGUGAGACCUUUCAAGCAGCUCAAAAGCAGACAGCAACGGCAUAGAGUUGCGCGCUUUGGAUAACAGGUCUGAGCUAAGUCAAAGGGCGACACCUUUCAAGCAGCUCAAAAGGAGGCAGCAACUUCAUGGCGUUGCGCUCUUUGGAUAAGGGGCCUGAGCUGGGUCAAAGGGUGGGACCUUUCAAGCAGGUCAAAAAUAGACAGGAAACGCAUAAAGCCACGCGCUUUGCAUAAGAGGCUGGAGCAGAGUGAAAAGGUGGGACCCUUCAAGCAGGCCAAAAGAAGACGACAGCAAUCGCGUAAAGCUGCGCGCUUCGGAUAGGAUGCCUGAGUGGCCUGAGCUGGGUCAAAAGGUGGGACCUUUCAAGCAGGUCAAAAGUGGGCAGCAAUUUCCUAGAGUUGCGCUCUUUGAGUAAGGCGCCUGACUUGACUGAGUGAAAGCGCGGGACCUUACGAGCAGGCCAAAAGUAGGCAGCAGCUUCAUGAAGUAGAGCGCGCUUUUUGAGCAAGGAGCUUGAGCAAGGAAAGGCAAAAGGCGGGACCUCUCAAGCAAGCCAAGCCAAAAGCAGACAGCAGCCCCAUGGCGUUGCGCUUUUUGGAUAGGAUGCCCGAGCUUGGUCAAAAGGUGGGACCUUUCAAGCAGGUCAAAAUUGGGCAGCAAUUCCAUAAAGCUGCGCGCCUUGAAUAACCAAGCUGGCCAGAUCUGGGCCAAAGAGCGAGACCUUUCCAGCAGGUCAAAAGUGGGCAGCAAUUUCAUAGAGUUGCGCCCUUUGAUUGUGGGAGACCUCUGAGUGAGCUGACUGAAAGGCUGGGACCUUUCAAGCAGGUCAAAAGUAGAGAGCAAUAUCAUACAGCUGCGCUUUUUGGGUGGGAGGUUUGAGCAGAGUCAAAAGCCGAGACCUUUCAAGCAGGUCACUCAAAAGUAGGCAGCAACUUCAUAAAGCUGCGCCUUUUGGGUAGGGUGCCUGCGCUGGGUCAGAGGGUGAGACCUUCCCAGCAAGUCAAAAGGGCCAGCAGCUUCACAGCGUUGCGCCGUUUGGGUGAGGGUCUUGAACUGAGCCAAAGGGUGGGGCCUCUUAAGCAGCUCACAAGUACGCAGUAACUUCAUCGCGCUGCGCUUUUUGGAUCAGAAAAGAAUGGGCGCAAAGGACAAGGCCUCUCGAGUAAGCCAUAAGUAACCAGCAAGCCCAUAGGCUUGGGCUUGCUUUCUGAUCAGAAAGCUCAAGCGGCUCACAGGUAAGACUGCAUCGCCCAAGCACAUGAAAGCCGCACAGCACUGCUCGCGUGGCGUUGUUCUUGUUCACUUAGAUCAAAGCCUUGAGAUGACGCAUGCCCACACCUCUCGAGAAAGCCAGAAGCAGACAGGGAGGCUAAGCGAUAGAGCGCAACUCGCCGUAAGCUUGGGAGUGUAAAUGGCUCACAGAGAGCAAACGCGAAGCAGCUGAAACGUAGGCAGCAACGCGACACCAUAAAGCUGCGCGAUUUGGAUGGAAAACCCAAAACGGCGCAAAGAGUAAAAAAAACCCCGCAAACAAGCCGAGAGUAGAACGGGGCCGCCCCCUAGUUCUCUCCACGGGAAAGAUCCACGGUAGACGUUCUCAUGGUGAGCGGAGUCGGGCGCAGUGCUUCGCCCACUAUGCGGAGAACCGAAAGCGACAAGCCUGGGGCCCCCCUCGUGACACUGCCAUGCCAGCCGGAGACGCAACACACUCCAAGAGUAGGGGACCCACGCCCAAAACCCGGGCCAGGGGGCGCGCGAGGUUCUCACGGUGAGCGGAGUCGACUGCAGUGCUUCGCCCAGCCACUACGCUGAGAACCGAAAGCAGCAGGCUUGGAGUGAUCUGCUCAAGGAUUUGGCUCUCGGCGUAUGUAUUUGGUUACCCGUUUGCCUCAUUCGUUCGAAGUAGUUCCUUUUGGGCGUUUCGGGUGCUGCCAGGGUGGGGGUUUAUGUAGCACGUAGUAGCUUGUAGCGCGGAGCUGCUUAGCUUAUUCCAUAGCCCGCCACUCUUUACGUAAUUCGUAGCACGCCGGUAGGCCGUAUGGAUUUUAUGUAACUCGUAGCAUUUGCCAGACCCUUCCGCCUUGCCCCGGCGUGUGUACACGCCGGGGGCACGUGGGCGGUAUAUAUAUAAUAUAUAUAUGAGCCAGGGCUCAGGGCGACGGGACCCCGCCCCUAGCGCAGCCCCGGACCCCUUUUGAAGGCGUCUGCCGGGAGUGGAAGGCCUCAAAAGGGGCCCCCGGGGCCUUCUCCGCUCCCUUUCCGCUACCUGGCUGGACCCUACAGAACUCCGAGGUAGGUGGAAGGCUUCGAAAGGGGGCCAAGGGGCCGCCUCCGCUCCCUUCCAGCUGCCGGCCGGUGCACUACAUUCCUCCGAUUUGCUUCGCCGCCGCAGCAGUGCGCCGGGUGUGGAAGGCCUCUGAAGGCGGCAAAAAGCGAGGGGCUGGACCUCCUGGGCCGUGCGGCUUGUGCCCUCCGGGCCCUUGGUCAUCGGCUUGCUUGCUCUUGAGACCGUGGCCGCCUUCGGCGGCUUUUUAACCCCGAGACGUCCAGCUUGCGAGGGUCAGCAGAGGCCAGGAGGUCCCUGAGGGACAUGCAGAGAGGCGCAAGGGGACCCUCUCCGCGCCCAGUUUUGACGCCUUCCACCACUAGAAUCCGCGAGAAUCAGCGCGGAAAAGAGCGCGCGAGCGCCACCACAGACCAGACCGCAGGGGGGGUAACGUGCAGCCCGAAAACAUAUAUCAAGCAUUUCCACACUUGUUCAAGGCCUAGGUGCAAAAGGCCGUUUGGUUAGAUGGACAAUUACAAUUUGGUGCUUCCUUAGGUGAGCCAGCUACUUGCGGAUGAUGCUUCUAGGUUAGACAACAAAACUAUCUUGUACUAACUUCGUAAUUUAUGAAACUUCUACUGAGAGAGGAGCUCAUCAUACGCAGCCAUCAUGUGCAGCGGCUACAGCUCCUUAUUUAUAUUUUAAGAAGCUCAUGUUCCGAAGUGGUCCGUCUUAGUUGCUCUCACUUAAUCUAGUAAGUCAUUAUUUUGUAGUACUACCUAGCGCUUUAUUGAACUACCCGUCUUUGAGUUGAAGCGUUCUUUUACUAUACCUGACAUUUUUGUUCCAGGUGAUGGCAAAGAACCGGGCUUCGAUGACUACAAGCUGAGCCGCUAUAUGCUGACGACCACUCCGGGCACAGAGGCCAAGAAUAAGAAAGUGUUUGCGUACUACGAUCUGAGCGUUCCCACGCGUAUUAAACAGGGUUCGGAUGGGGAUGCAACGAAAAUCAUCGUCGCCGUCAACGUCAUUCGUUUUCCGAUGAGCCCGGAACUUCAGAGUCUGGACGACGGAGGUUCUUCUACGGGUAGUGCCGACUAUGCUGCCUCUCAGGUAGGUAUCGAUGUAACACAGUAAAGAAGGGAUAGUGCCGAAUGAAAAGGAGUAGGAGGAGGAGCGGAUGCGGGAGGUGUCUGUGCAUUGAUUUCUUGAUUUGAUUAACAGAAGGAUGUUUUUUCAGUAGCUUUGAACGGAGAAGAGGAGUAAUCUCCUACCGAUCAAGUGGUCGAUGAUCUAUACUUUUUGAUUGACGAUGAACAGAACGGCAACGACUUAUGUUUUGUUUUUUGCGAGGAGGUAGUUGUCCGAGAGCGGGGCAAGAGCUUUGUGCCAUUAUACUUAAAUUUCUGAUUGAUGUUCCAAUCGAAUGAUGUAGUCAGUCUGUCUGGCUUUGAAUUUGAUUGUUCCUUCCUCAAAAGUCUUCUUUCAGCGAAGCACCCAUCUGGUCUGUGCUGCAGAUCCAAUUUUGUUUUUUCUUAUGUAGGCUGGCUCCACUACUAUUAAUGCAUUCAUCAGUAAGUGAACAAGGUGCGGAAAAGUAAAAAAUAGUCCGCAUGAUUAGUGUACCAAAAAAAAAAAAUGAAGCUGCAUCCAACCGUUUUAAGGCUGGCAAGGGGCAUACUAAUACUUUCUUCACGGGGGGGUUAACGAAUUUGGGCAAAUGCUAGCAGAUGUAUAAUUGCGGUCUUACGAAUUUAGGGCCCAUAGCCUAAGCUAACCAAGAGGAAUGAUUUUCUACCGCAGUAGAUGAUUUAGAUUUAGUUUUAGACUUUAUUCGAUGGAACGAAAUGCCUGAACCCUAAGAGGAUUGAGCUUGCCGUUAAAUGUGAACAGCUAAGAUUCAUUGGGGUUAAGAUUUAUUGAGAUUAUGAGGAUCGAAGUUCUGAAGUCUAUGCACGAGAAAAAAUCAGAUUAUUUUUUUGGCUGUCUCGAAUUAUAAGGUGUUGUAGUGUUAUGGAGAAGGUGAAAAUCUGAAAUUGAAAUUGAUUGCCACCAACAGCAUGGCGAUGAAUGUAUUGAGUAAAUAUUGAUGAGAUAAAGAGUAAAAACUAAAACACAAAAAGGCUAAGAUCUGAACUUUGAUACUAAAUAUAAAGAAUGGGUAUUCUUGCUAAAAUAGGUUGUAAUAAAUAAUUCAUCUGCGAAUGCUUUCCAUUGUGUACAUCUCCAGAAUGAAAAGCGUUUGAUCGUAAUUAGUCAAUUUUCCGAAUGUUAAUAGUAAUCUUCAUCUUCAACCAGAAUUGUAAAAGAAGCUUGCCCGCCGAUUUUGA